AUGGAGCCAAUAACUUUCAAAGUUAAAAAGUGUCAAACACCUAGUGAUUUCUCAGCAAGUUUCAGUCUCCAGCUCGUGGGUUCUCUCCCAGUGCAUUCCCUAACCACUAUGUCAAUGCUGCCUUGGAUUGUGGCUGAGAUCCAGCUGCUCAGUGCAAAGUCUUCCAAAGAAGAACCCAGCGUCAGCCAAAUCCGACUUUGUGUUUCAGCAGCCAGUUUGCGAUGCGAGCCGGACACAGGGAAAACCCAGCAGUGGGAUCCUUUAAUUUGUUCAAGUUUGUUUGAGUACAAGCCACAGCAGGUCCACAAACUGAUUCACAACAGCCACGAUCCAAGCUACUUUGCUUGUCUGAUAAAGGAUGAAGCAGCAAAUCAGCAAAGUAUCUGCUACGUAUUUAAAGCUGAUGAUCAGACAAAAGUGCCUGAGAUUAUAAGCUCUAUUCGGCAAGCUGGGAAAAUUGCCCGUCAAGAAGAGUUUCAGAAUAGUCUCUCAGAUGUUGAAGACCCUUUUGCCAAAAAGUUUGAGGUGCUGUUCUGUGGACGGGUAACAGUUGCACAUAAAAAUGCACCUCCAGCUCUCAUAGAUGAAUGCAUUGAGAAAUUUAACCAUGCAAGUUGUACAAAAAAUUCAGAUUUCAACUCAUCAUCUCAACAACAUGAAACUGCCAACAACUUCGGAGGCUUCUCUUUCAGCAGCAAAUUGCGGUCUGUAUUCCAGCCCUUGGUCAACGAAGAGGAGGAAAAAAGGCCAAUUAGGAAAUCUUUUUCUCAACCUGGACUUCGUUCCUUUGCUUUUAAGAAGGAUUUCCAAGAGGGAAGCCUCAGGAGUAGCAGCUUUGUCAGGUCUUUUGAAGAAGAUGCAAUUUCACUGAACCUAAAAAGUCAACUCAUCUAUGGACACAGUGUUGUGCAGCCAACUGACAUUGCAGAAAACCGGACUAUGUUGUUUACGAUUGGCCAGUCUGAAGUUUACCUUAUCAGUCCCGACACAAAAAAAGUUGCAAUUGAGAAAAGCUUUAAAGAAAUAUCCUUUUGUUCUCAGGGAAUUAGACAUGUGGAUCACUUUGGCUUCAUUUGCAGAGAGUCUUCAGAAAAUGGAGGCUUCCACUUUGUUUGCUAUGUUUUUCAGUGUACAGAUGAAGCACUGGUUGAUGAAAUCAUGAUGACACUGAAACAGGCUUUCACUGUGGCUGCUGUGCAACAGACUUCCAAGGCGCAACCCCAACUGUGUGAAGGGUGUCCUAUGCAAAGUUUGCAUAAACUCUGUGAAAAGAUAGAAGGGUUGCACCCUUCUAAGACUAAACUAGAACUACAAAAGCAUCUAACCACACUAAAUAACCAGGAACAGGCCUCUGUUUUUGAAGAGGUUCAGAAAUUAAGACCACGAAAUGAACAAAAAGAGAAUGAGCUGGUUAUCUCUCUUCUGAGAAACAUGUAUGAAGAAAAACAGAAGGACCAUGUUCAUGUUGGAGAAGCAAAACAGGCUUCACAACCUACUGCUGAGAAUGCUGUCAAUGAAGUGUCCAGCAGUGCUCCAAGAUUCAGAUUAGAUGUGUUAAAGAACAAAGCAAAAAGGUCUCUUACAGAAUCAUUUGAAAGUAUUUUAUCACGUGGCAGUAAAGCCAGAGGUCCACUGGACAGAUCUGGUUCUGUGGAUUUGGACAUCUCUGUGUCUGGUACCUUAAGCAACACAAAAAAAGAGCCACCAUUGUGUGAAAAGGAGAAAGACAGACUUCCUGUGUUCCCUGCAGAAAAUGCUGUCCAGACCAGUAGAUCAGUGGAUGAUCUCUGCAGUGAUACAGAGGAUUCCUCUCUAGAGCAGUCUAUUGCAUUGCCCCAGCAGAGCUUUCGGAGGCGAGCAAACACACUGAGUCAUUUACCAACGGAGAGCCAGGAAUCUCUGGGACCUGUCGAAACAUCACCAUCUAUUCCCCAGAGAAAACUUAUGAGGUAUCACUCAGUGAGCACAGAGACUCCUCACAAAAGAAACUCUUGUGGUCAACUUGCACGUUCUCCUACUCUAGCUCGUCUUAAUCCCUCGGCCUCUUCACCCAACUUUUUAAAAUAUCUAAGGCAUAAUUCAAGUGGAGAACCAAGUGGGCAUUUUGCACAAAAAAGCAUCUCCUACCGUACUGCCUUAAGGAAAAAGCUUCAUUCUUCCUCUUCUGUGCCAAAUUUCUUAAAAUUUCUGGCUCCUGUAGAUGAAAAUAACACCUCUGACUUUAGGAGCACAACAAGCGACUACGACUCCAAGCAUGGCCAGCAGGCUCUUGAUGCAGACAGCCCCGUAAGGACUCGAAGGCAUUCCUGGAGGCAGCAGAUAUUCCUUCGAGUGGCUACCCCUCAGAAAGCGUGUGAUUCUCCCAGCAGAUACGAUGAUUACUGUGAACUGGGAGAUCUACCACCCAGAUCCCCAUUGGAGCCAGUGUGUGAAGAUGGCCCCUUUGGGCCAGUGAAAGAAGAAAGGAAACGGACACCCCAUGAGCUUCGUGAACUGUGGAAGAAAGCCAUUAUCCAGCAGAUACUGCUCCUCAGAAUGGAGAAGGAAAACCAGAAGUUACAAGCAUCUGAAAACAAUUUGCAGAACAGACGCCUGAAACUUGACUACGAAGAAAUCACACCAUGCUUAAAAGAUGUAACUUUGAUUUGGGAAAAAAUGUUGAGCACACCUGGAAGGUCAAAGAUUAAAUUUGAUGUGGAAAAAAUACACUCGGCUGUUGGACAAGGAGUACCGCGUCACCACCGUGGGGAGAUCUGGAAGUUUCUAGCUGAGCAGUACCAUCUUAAGCAUCAGUUUCCAAGUAAACAACAACCAAAGGACACACCUUAUAAAGAACUCCUAAAACAACUAACUUCCCAACAGCAUGCAAUUCUUAUUGACCUAGGACGCACAUUUCCAACACAUCCGUACUUCUCAGCACAGCUGGGAGCUGGGCAGCUGUCACUCUACAAUAUUUUGAAGGCCUAUUCACUUCUGGACCAGGAAGUAGGAUAUUGCCAGGGCCUUAGUUUUGUAGCAGGAGUUUUAUUACUUCAUAUGAGUGAAGAGGAUGCUUUUAAAAUGCUGAAGUUUCUUAUGUUUGACAUGGGCCUGAGAAAACAAUAUCGUCCUGACAUGACAAUUUUACAGAUCCAGAUGUACCAAUUGUCUCGACUUCUUCAUGACUACCAUAGAGAUCUCUAUAACCACCUAGAAGAACACGAGAUUGGCCCCAGCCUCUAUGCUGCUCCCUGGUUUCUCACCAUGUUUGCCUCCCAGUUUCCCCUUGGAUUUGUAUCCAGAGUGUUUGAUAUGCUCUUUCUUCAAGGAUCAGAGGCUAUAUUUAAAGUGGCUUUAAGCCUUUUGGGAAGCCACAAGCCUUUAAUUCUGCAGCAUGAGAAUCUAGAAACUAUUGUUGAUUUUAUUAAAAGCACUCUCCCCAACUUGGGUUUGGUACAGAUGGAAAAGACCAUUAGUCAGGUGUUUGAAAUGGACAUUGCCAAACAGUUGCAAGCUUAUGAGGUUGAAUAUCAUGUGCUUCAGGAUGAGCUUAUAGAUUCCUCUUUAAAUGACAAUCAGAGACUGGAUAAAUUAGAAAAGGCAAACAGCAGCUUGCGCAAACAAAACUUUGAUCUCCUGGAAGAACUGCAGGUGGCUAAUGGAAAAAUCCAAAACCUUGAAGCUACAGUAGAGCUUUUAUUGACCAAUGAAGGCAAACUGAAGCAGUCCAUUCUCACUCUUGAGCAGGAGCGAGCAGCUCUGCUGAAAGCUGUGGAAGAGAUGCAAAAAAAGAUGGGUGAUACAGAUGGGAAGCCUCUACUUACUAGACAGGAACUGGAGGCUGACUGACCUGCACAGUUGUAAGGGAGCAGAGAAGCUGAGCAAGAA